AUGGCUGAUUUCGCAUCAAGUAUUCAAGGUCAAUUGAAAAGUUUCGAUUCUAGAUUCGCUAGCAAUGGUUUCUUGCAGCAAUUAGAGGCUAGAACUAAGUUGCCAAAAUCUUAUUUGGCUGCUGGUGCCUUUGCGUUCUAUCUUAUUUUGAUUUUCAUCAACGUUGGUGGUAUCGGUGAAAUUUUAGCCAACAUUGUUGGUUUCGUUAUUCCUACCUACUUGUCAUUGAUCGCUUUGAGAACAAAAACCUCCGAGGAUGACACUCAGCUGUUGACUUACUGGAUUGUCUUUUCAUUUUUGAAUGUUAUUGAAUUCUGGUCAAAGACUAUUUUAUACAUGAUUCCAUUUUAUUGGUUUUUGAAAACCAUCUUUGUUCUAUACAUUGCAUUGCCACAAACUGGUGGUGCUUCGCUAAUUUACAGAACAUUUAUCUCCCCUGUUGCUGACAAGUAUAUUGUCAAAGCAAAGAAAUCAGACGAUAUCAAGGACGCUGUUCAUGGUGCUGCUUCUAAAGCCUCAGGCUCCUCUAUCCAUAACUGA